AUGUCAGUCGAAGCAAAAACGUUCACGAACAAAUCUAAUGGCGAAACAUUCACAAAAGGCACUUACAACGGUAUUGAAGUCUUACGUAGAGACAAGGAUGGUUAUAUUAACGCAACAAAUAUGUGUCAGCAGUUUAGGAAGGACUUUAGAAGGUUGUUGGAAAAUAAGUCCUGGGAAGAGUAUUUUGAGGCAUUUUGUGAAGAAUAUACCAACCCGCGGAAAACAGCGGGUUGCUUUUUAUACAAAAUUCAUGCAGGAAUUUCUGAUGAAAUCAAACAGGUUAGAGGAAUGUAUGUAGACCCAAGACUUGUAAACUAUAUAGCAAUGUGGGCUUCUCCAAAAUAUUGUAUAGCAGUUGGAAAAAUUCUGGACUCCAUAGACAAGAAAGUUCAUGAGAAAUUAGAUGAAGAAGAACUUGAAGAUACAGUAGAGAAUGCAAAACCUUUGUUCGAAGAAGAA